AAACGCCUCAGAGAAAUCACGUGAUACUCUGUGCCAAUUCGCUCUCGCGCUGUAUAUAUAAACUUUUUAAUCAAUUAGGUCAGAGUUUGUUAUGUGAACGACCGUCGAACGUUAACUUCCUCACAGAGAAAACAACAAUGCUGCGUCUACUACUGUCCGCUCUCUUUUUGGCCUACGUAUGUGUGGCCCAAGAACAUCACCAUCUGAAAAUCGCUGAAAAAUUGGCAAUCCCUCAUCACAUCCGACACGCCUAUGAUUACCCACAGAUCAACUUGAACGUGCAGCCUGCCAGACCUGCAGUGAACCAAGGCGCUGGAUUCCGAAGCCAGGGCUUCAGCCAGCCUGAUCCUUUCAAUCAACCCCAGACAGCACCAACCUCCUUCGGAAGACAGCCCCUCAGCCCCGUUUCAAGUGGGCCCAGCCAACCUGUCAGGCAGACAAGGUUCUUCAACCUCUACACACCUGGCAGCAGGCCUGACUUUACUUUGAGCAGGAGAGAAUCAUAAAAAAAUGAGUAUGUUCGAGAAGGUGAAGAAAUGGAACAAUAUUUGCAGACAUAGAUGUUGUAAAAAAGCGAAAGGAAGCGUUCUAUUCUUUAUCACAUCCACCUAUUCCAGAGUUUGUUGUUUAAAUUUUCAUAUGCAGUGAAAUAUCAUAUUUAAAAAUUAUUUUUUUGAAAAAAGUUUUUAUAUGAUAAAGCGUUAUAUGUGUUGAAACUGAGAUAUUUAACAUUUUUGUAAAAUUGCCUUUGUUGUGUAUAUCAUCUAAUUACAAAAUCUGAGAAAUAGGAAACAUUCUUAAAAUGGUCUAUUUAUUUAUUUAUUCCUCAGUUUGAUGUAUUUAGAUGAAUUUUUUUUUUUUUCAGUUUAUUACACAUUUUUUUAAAUAUUGUCCUACAAACAACAUGUAAAAAUAAAACUGAAAAAAAGUAAUAUAUUUUUAUAAAAUUGUAAAACUAUGUUGUGUAAAAAUGAAGUUAAUUUCGUAUUUCUGGAUUCAUAUAACAUCAUAAAAGACUGUGGAUUAAUCUAUUUCCUUGUAAAAUGAACAAACCUUGUAAAGUUUGUCGAAAUUAGUGUUAAGAUUAUAUAAAAAUAUAAUGAUUUUUGCGCACAAAUGAAUGUAUUGAAUUUGGUAAUAAAAUUUGUGGUAAAACUGA